AUGAGUCUUAAAAGCGUACACCUUCUCGCCGGCAAAACCGCCGCAAUAACCGGCGGAACAACAGGAAUCGGCCGCGCAAUUACCCUUUUGUAUCUUCGUCAAGGUUGUAAUGUAGCAGUUAAUCAUCUAGGUCUUGAUUCCGAUAUUCCACAUCUGGAAUCCCUUCAUAAAGAGGCGAAAUCUCUCUUAGAGGAGGAUUCGCUUGCGGGUUCUUUGUUGGAUGUACCAGGAGAUGUUAGUAAACCGGAGACGGGGAAGGAGUUGGUGGAAAAGGCGGUGCGGAAAUGGGGACGAUUGGAUAUUUUUGUUAUCCGCACCAACCUCGACGGCGCCUUCUACACCUCCCAAGCCGCCGCCCGUCAAAUGUCCACCCAAUCACCCCCCGGCGGCGCCAUAGUCGCCAUCUCCUCCAUAUCCGCCCUCGUAGGCGGCGCCCAACAAACCCACUAUACACCCACCAAAGCGGGAGUCUUAUCCCUCAUGCAAAGCAUGGCGUGCGCGUUGGGGAAAUAUGGAAUUCGUUGUAAUGCAUUGUUGCCAGGGACGAUUAGGACGCAGUUAAAUGAGGAAGAUUUGAAGGAUGAGCAGAAGAGAAAAUAUAUGGAAGGACGGAUUCCCUUGGGACGGACCGGUGUUCCGGGGGAUUUGGCGGGGCCGGCGGUUUUUUUGGCGUGUGAGGAGUUGAGUGGUUAUGUUAAUGGGAGUGGGCUUUUGGUGGAUGGGGGGUUGUUUGUUAAUUUACAGUGA